CAGUGCAGAGUGCAUUGGCACGUCAGCCACACAGAAGCUGAUUGAAUACAAUUAAAAAUCGAAAGAGGAUUUCGGAUUCCAACGAAUAAUAUUUUCAACAGUUUCUACCAUUACCGGAAUUUUUCGUUACGUGUUGAUAUACUGUUGAUAGGUUAACGCGAACUAAGGAUAGUUUAUACGAUGAAGUAGGUUGAGAUUCAUGACGUAGAAACAGAAUGUGGAGGGACAAACAAAUUCAAAAUUGAAAAAACAACAUUAAACUGGGGUCACGUAAAAUUCUACACAUAAAAUCGAGUUUUGUAAAAGAAAAAACAAGGAUUCGUAGAUUAGGUAUAAUCUAUCAUUCACUACAAUAUUCCAUUGUUAUCUGGCGAUAAAAAAAUGGUGCAUUAGCCUUUCGACAUUGACCUUUCGCCGUUCGUAUGAUCCUGCUGGCCUACCCACCAACGACUUAGCAGCACCACUUUUCUCAUUAGUGCAGUUUCACUCAGAGCAGCAACUACUGCACAGAUUUCUCGCACUUGUGGAACCAUCGCCAGUAAUUACUUUCGCUGAACAUCGACAUGUGGGUCAACAUCAUUUUCGUUCUGACGGUGGCGCAUUUCGCAGUAGCGACGUCCAAGUUGGACUUGUCAUGGAGCGGUUUGACCAAGGAGAAGUUCUUCAGGAAUAGCAACGGGUCGGUAUCGAGCCAGGUUGAAAAGGCGACGGAGCUGAACCUGCGGGGUAAUUUCUUCGACAGUUUUUCCGACUGUUCGGCGUACCUGGAUAAGCUUGAGAUCUUGGACCUCUCGCAGAACAACCUGCAGCGUUUCUUUUUCAAAUGUAGUACAAAGAACAAUCUGGCCAAACUAAACGUCAGCCACAACCAGUUGCCGUUUCUGAACGACACCGCGCUGACGACACAGAUAUCGAACCUGCAAGUCCUCGACCUUUCCUACAACGUUCUGCAGCACAUAACGCAUUGGACAUUCGAGCACAUGAAGGCGUUGCACGUGCUCAAACUCAACGAAAACCCACUGAACAACAACAUAGACGAAGAUGCGUUCAAAAAUCUUGUUUCGCUGAUUGAUCUCGACUUGAACAACAUCUCGUGUUCGAAUUUUCCCGCGGGUUUGUUUACUCCGUUGGUAAGUCUAAGGCAUCUUACCCUGAGCUCGAACCCUAUCGAGCAUUUACCGGAGUUACCGGCCGGUAUACAAGUCCUGGACAUAUCGCGAACGAACAUAAUUAGCCUGGGUCAAAUCGCCGCGUCGCAUCUGCGGAUCCUGAGGAUGAACGAAAUGCCCAAAUUCGAGUGCCUGAACCUAACGGACCUCGUGAACCUAAGGAACCUCACUGUCUUAUCGGCCGAUAACUGCCCCAAGCUGACCAGCCUCGCAGUUCAGCCACCCACCGAGGACCUGCUGCCGGAACUGCACCGGCUCUCCGUAAGAAACUGUUCGAUCGACAGAGUAGAGCGUGAGCUACGGCCGGUGAUGCUGCGCGUAUCGAACCUCGACCUGCAGCUAAACCCGUGGCAAUGUAACUGCAAGACGCAAUGGAUAGUCUCGAUUAAUUCGAUGAGGAAGUACUCGGAUGAAUUGAGGUGCAACUCGCCGAUCAAGAUGCGGGGUAGACGCCUCUUCGAGGCGCUCGACAUCGAUCAGUACGACUGCAACGACUACAAGCGUUUGCUCACCCUUUGGAUACCAUUUGGACUUUUGUCUCUCGCCAGCAUGAGCGCGGCAAUGUAUUUCAGCACGAGGGCGGCUUUCGGUCCGAGGGGAUUCAGACGCGGAGUCACAGUCUCUUACUCGAAUAUGUUGACGCGGUCGAACGACGACGACAAGAUCCUCGAGCACAGCGACAUUACCGACUACCCUUAGCGGCACCGUGUGUCACCGGCUGCCGAACGACAGGCGGGAACCGACAGGGAGGGCUGAGACGAGAAUCGCAGGAUGUCCUAAGCGAUUUUAAUAUCACUCGUGAUGGAGUUAGGAGUCAUUCUUUCCAAUCUGUUGAUACGUUUUAUCUUUGAGGUGAAUUGAACAACGCGAUGAUAGGUAGUCAAAGAAUUAUUUCAAGUGUAAUAUAUUACCGUGUAUCAUCUGUAUAUAAGGGAAAAAAAUAUUUACCACUGUAGAAAAUGAUCAAAAACGUUGGUUACACAUGUAUCUUCUCCAUAUCUUUCUAACUAAGUGUUGUUCAGUUGUGA